AUGACCGCAUUACUUGAAAAAACUCGUCCACGUGCCGAGGCUACACCAGCGAGUCUCAGACGUGAAACAAAUGAAUAUCUACAACGUGCAACUAAUCUCGAAAAAAAUCAACAAUACGAUGAAGCAUCUGUACUUUAUAAACGUGUUAUCUCAUUGAUUGAUUCCCACGAAGGUACAUCAGCGGUUGACGAUGAAUUACAAGUAAUUAAACGCAACACAAAUCAACGAUUACUCCAAUCAUUAGUACAUCAAAAUCGAUCAGCAGAUUCCAAUGGAAUUUAUCAAAAUAUAAAUCAACAAUUGUACAAGAAUGUACCAACAACUGAUGAACAAGAAUCAGCCGAAAUGGCUGAACAAGUUUUUGAAGAUCCAUCAGCAUUUCAACCAAUAGCAAGUAACGAAACACAAGAAGAAAGCAACGCUACUGUGUUGUUUCAACUUGAUGAAGGUGCUCGACUUUUUUAUAUUGCUAAAGAUGGAACGAUUCAAACAACAUCAGAUUCAUUACCGUUAACUAUUUUUCAAAUGAAUGACGGCGAUCAAACAUGUGGAUUAUUAAAAUUAGGCAGUUGGAUUUAUCCGUUAAAUCCAAAUGUUUCACCAGCAUUUAAAACGGGAUAUGAUGCCUAUAUUUUUCCGAAUAAUACAUCAGUUGGUGAAUUUGUUGGUUUGAUGUUCGAUGAAUCGAUUCAACCGGAUGUUCGUGUUUUUUUCGAAGAUAUUAUUUCUAAACUUUCCGUUUUCAUGGCUCAACAAGGCACACCUACAUAUGGUGAAUCAUUAACAUCAGCCGCAGGUGGUGCUGUUAAACUCACAAAUCAAGCAGCAGCGAUGCCUGAAGUAGUUUCUAAUGCUAGCCGUCAGAAAACGGACGCAACGAGUAGAAAAGCCGAAAUUAUUGGACAAGAUGAAGUUAACGCUGAAGAACUACCUUAUGAUACAUCAACGAAAACAGGAAAGCUUGCUGCAGCUCUUGUAACUGGAACAAAAUUUUUAACAAAACAAUUAUCAACUGGCGUUGUGAUGGCUGAAAAUUUAAUUGGGCAAGUUUCAAAAACUGUUCAUGAUAAAAUUGUACCAAAUCCAGAGCCGGCAAAAAUUAGUAAAGGUUUACAUGUUACGGCUCGUGGUUUACGUACAACAUCAGGUGUUGCUGUGAAAGCUAGCAGUUAUGUUGUAUCAAAAGUUGGUUCAAUGACACUUGCAUUAGCUCGUACAAUUGCACCAAAUCUUGGUAAAGUUGAAACGAUAGUCAAGCCUGAUGGUACUAUUGAAAUAGUAAAAUUAAGUGGAAUACGUAGUAUUGGACAUGCUGGAUUAGCAAGUUUUGGUGUUGCUUAUGAAAGUUGUGAAAAUGCUGCAAAACAUUUGGCAAGCAAUUUAGCUAAAGAAAGUAUUAGUGUUGUUAAACACAAAUAUGGAGAAGAUGCUUCCAUCUUCACGGCAAAUGCAGCCUACGCAGUUGGAAAUACUGCUUUAACUGCAUACUAUGUUGGAGGACUUGGCCCAAAAGCGAUUGCUCAAAAAGUAGUUAAACAAACAGCUAAACAAACUGCCAAAAAUGCUUUUACUUAA